UUUAACAAAUUUAUCCAAUCAAAACGAUGGCCCAAGUCCCCUUGGCAAUUGCUUCGCACAAGCGCCAGGUGUGCAGCUUGUACAAGCGUGCUCUACGCAAUCUGGAGGCGUGGUACGACCGCCGACAUGACUACCGCUAUCGGGCUGUGCAGAUGCGCGCACGUUUCGACGAGAACCGCUGCAAGGAUCUGGGUGAAGGCAUUCGUCUAUUGGUCUGUGGUCAGAAGGAGCUCUUCGAGACGAAGCAUUUCCAGCCCAAGACCUUUGCAAACAGCGCUGGUGGCUGCGCCUUCGAGCGUGAGGUCAUCCCGCCCGAUUGGCUUUUGGAUUACUGGCAUCCCCUGGAGAAGGCCCAGUUUCCCGAGUAUUUCGCCAAGCGGGAGCAACGAAAGCAGCAGUACGUGGUCUGGUGGCAGAAGCAGUAUGGCAAACCAGAUCCAAAAGACCUGGGACACCAUUAGAUAGCCGUUAAAGUACUGUAGUCAAUUCCAAUCAUUGUCUUUAAAAAGGAAAAAAUAUAUUGGAGCACCUCAUA